ACCGCAUUCCACCCGCAGCGCGUGUUGUGGCCCCGACUGCGCGCUCGCGACCUGCUGUAGCGACAGAUCGCAGCCGAGAUCAGACGCGCUUUUCUUUUUUCCAGAAAAGUCUUGAGGGCACUUUGGUGGGAAGGAAGUGCUGCAGCUGCUCUUUUCAGCGAACAACAGUAACCUGAAGAGUUUUCCCGCAAUGUUCAGGAUCUUCCUGUGCCUCAGCGCGCUUCUUCUUCACUUAGCGGCCUGUCAGGAGCACGAGGAGCCCGUCUUUUACACGUGCACAGAUGGAUAUGAAUUUGAUGCUGAAAGACAGGCAUGCAGAGAUAUUGAUGAAUGUGCCAUCUUGCCCGAUGCUUGUAAAGGUGGUAUGAGGUGCACCAACCACUUUGGCGGGUACCUCUGCCUCCCCCCGAAUGCUCAGAUAUUUGUUACUAAUGGCGAGGAGUUACCGCCGCAGCGGCCCGAAACACAGCCGAGUCACAGGGUGGUGCAGCCGAACGCAGGCAGGACCGUGCAGUGUACAGUCGGAUUCACCCUCAAUGAACACAACCACUGCAGAGAUGUGAAUGAAUGUGAGGUGGGAAACCCUUGCCAGCACCAGUGCUACAACAUUAUAGGGUCCUUCCUUUGCCAGUGUGACCAGGGCUAUGAGCUUGCACCAGAUUCCAUCUCCUGCCAAGAUGUUGAUGAGUGCAGUUUCUCCAGCUACAUGUGCCAGUAUCAGUGUGUAAAUCAGCCUGGGGGAUAUGUGUGCACAUGCCCAGAAGGAUACCAGCUCCAAGGAACAAGAAUGUGUCAAGACAUAAAUGAAUGUGAAACGGGACACAACUGUCAAGACCAUGAAAUGUGUUGGAAUUACCAUGGUGGAUUCCGCUGCUACCCGAGGAAUCCCUGUCAUGAGCCCUAUGUGAGAACGGGUGACAAUCGUUGCAGCUGCCAGUCCACAGCUGUCUGCCAUGGCCUUCCACCUUCCAUUGUCUACAAGUACAUGAACAUUUUGUCUGGCCGUUCUGUGCCAGCAGACAUCUUUCAGAUCCAGGCCACCAAUGUCUACGCUAAUUCAGUCAACACAUUCCGCAUCAAAUCGGGCAAUGAAGGAAGAGAGUUCUACCUGAGGCGCUCAAGCAACGUGAGUGCCAUGCUGGUGAUGACCAAACCCCUGACAGGUCCUCGAGAGUACGUGGUGGACCUGGAGAUGGUCUCCCAUAAUGUCAUGAACUAUCGCUCCAGCUCCUUGCUGCGGCUCACCAUCAUCGUGGGUCCCUACUCCUUCUGAAGUGAUCUGCAGAACUGAGACCUGUUCUGCUGUUGUGUCACUUUGUGUACAGAAAUGCCCCAUUUCUACAACAUGUAGUAGCCACUUAACACAGCCAUAGCUUACAAACAUUAUCAACAAGUUAUCAGCAGCUUUGCUUUGUUUCAGGAAGAUGAUGUUGGUGUACUUAAGGCGAACAGUACAUGACACCUGCCUCUAUUUCUGCCUUUACGUACUGUUUGUAAUUUACGGGGGCAGUGCACUGAUGGUUUCAGGUGGAUUUUUUAGAUAUUAUAGCAGAGCAAGAAACGGGCACCAAAACCCCAGCAGACAACUUGUUUCUGAGCUGAGGAUAUGUGCAGUAAGUAAAAGGCCAUUUCUCAUAUUGGAAGAAAGCUACUUUCCUUGCACAAUAACUUCUUGCUGAAGAAUUUUUUAGCUCAUUAGAUUCAGUAGUUGAAACAUGUCUUAUUAUGAGACAAGAUGGGAUCAGUGGCAGUACUCAAACUGUUAAGGCACUAGGUUCUGGAAGAGGCAAGAUUUAUGGGUAAUUAUAGAGGCAGUGUGUAAUGAGGGGGUCGAAGGUUACCAUUUUGUCAUCACAGGAUAUCAGUGGUGCCAAAGGGGUAACAACAAACCGUUUUGACAGGAAGACUUUGCUUUGCUCUGUACCCUGUAGUGUGCACAUGCACUACGCAGAACACCGUGGUCCUCAGAAACAAAAAAUGUCAAGGAAGAGAUGUUGUAAGAAAGAAAUGGAACUACUUAUCCUCAAUCUUCACAUAUUUUUUCAGGAACAAAUAUAGAACCAUUUAUCUAAGUAUCUGAGUAAAUUUUACAAUGAGGUUCAUAUUAACUUAAAAAUAAUAAGUUUAUAAUAUAUUUGGGAAGCUGUUGGCAGGGCUGCUUCUUCUUGGCAGGGAAAAUAUAGUUGCCCUUUUUUGUCCAAGCACCUUCUUGUGAAAACAAAAACUUUUGGCGGUCUGCAUUGAGAAACACUAUCAAAGAUGUUUAUUUUGUCCCUGGAAUGGGCUUUGAUUAUGAGAUGUACUACUUUCUAAAACUGUAUAAAAUUUGGAAACACUCACAUAGUAAUCAUUUUUUAAGGAAUUUUAUUUUUUAACAGAAAAUAAUCAACUGCAAGGAUUUCUGUAAGCAC